CUCAAUUAUACCAGAUGGCAGAAGGAGGUGAACAUAGCAUUUCAGUGCGAGGCUCUGAUGCAGACUUUGAGUACUUGUGUACACCAUGCGCUGACGAUGGCAACGAUGAACAGGCGUUGAAGUACUGUCCGGAGUGUAAAGAAUAUCUUUGUGCUGCGUGUAUAAAAUGUCAUCUUAAAUUUUCUGCAACGAAGAAACACACGCUGUAUGACAACGAAUACCAACAUUAUGAGGGAGAUUCAGUUGAUACCACAUCAGACGAGGAACAUGGGUUUAAAUGUGUCUUCCAUCCAGACAGGGAUAUCGAGAUUUACUGUGGUGAUCAUGACAUGGUGUACUGUGCUCUAUGUGUUGCUAAAGAACACAGACAAUGUAGUGGAAUUCUAGAGCUCGAAGAAGCAGCCGAUAAAAUUCCUGUAAACAAGCAAGAGAACAUAUUGCACCAGAUUGACUGUUUGCAAGUUAAAAUACAAGUAAGUAGGCAGAAGAAAGAAGUCAAUCUGAUUGCUCUAGAUCAGGACAAAAAUGAUAUUCUAAAAACCAUUGAAGACGUAGAACGUAUGAUGAUUAACAAAGUCAAGGCUUUAGCAUCAGACGCGAAAGCAAACACUUGCACUAGAUAUGAUAGUCUGAAAAAGGACAUUCAAGAUGAAGAUUUAGUACUUUUGCGUGCUAUAACUGAUACUGUUGAAUUAAGAAAGAAAUUGGAAACCCAAGCUGAUUUAGAUGCAAAAUGGCAAUUUACAAGGUACAUUUUACAUAGAUAUAUCAUUGCCAAAGCAGAGAAUAUGCAUGAUCGGGUAGAAAAAGAUGAAAAGAAAAUGAAAUGUUUCAAAAAUGAUGAGCUCAUACAAAAAGUAUCAACAGCUGAUUGCCUUGUUCAAGUUGUUGGAAGUAAAAUUAGCGUAAAAAACAAUGACAAGCCAAUUCACCAAAAGUCACGGAAAGAAGUAAUUAUAAAAGGAAAUGGAGACAUUGAGACAUGUAGUAUAUACGGAAUUUGUCAGCUUACAGAUGAAACAAUAGUAUUAGCUGAUCACACUAAUAAGAAACUUAAACGUUUGGAUAAAGACUUCAGUAUCAUAGACAGUCUCAAAUUGGAAUCGAAUCCUGUAAGCCUUUGUUUGACAGGCAAAACUGAGGUUGCUGUUAAACUGAAAAAUGACACCAUACAGUUUAUUUCCAUUACCGACAAAUUCAUUGAAAAACAGUUGAUAAAUUUAGAAGGUGGAUACCAUAUUGGGCUUAUUUUUAAUUGUAACGAACUUUGGAGCUAUUCUGGGACAGGCAUUAAUGCCUGUAACAGAGAAGGAUUAAUUAUAAAAUCUUUCAAUAAAAAUUCAUUCGAAGGAACACUUUUCAAUCCUCUUGGGAAACAUCUUAUUCCUAUUGCAGCAGACAAAGAGUUUAUAUACAUAUCUGAUUUGAAAAGUCAAGUAGCAUGUAUAGACAGGGAAGGAAACGUAUGGUCGGUUAUUAAAGCUGAGAGACUAGAGUUGAUAACAAGGGCUUGUUUUGCACCGAAUGGUAUCAUGUUUCUCGCAGGGUAUACAUCGGGAAAUAUAAUGAUUCUCAAUGAAAAAGGAAAAUGUUUAGGAGAAUUGGUAGACGGCUUAAUCAAUCCAGACUCUCUCUGUUAUGACAACAAGAACCAUCAACUCAUUAUUGGACACAAAAACAAAGAUAUUUUAACAAUAAUAACAACAGAUGAAUGUUUAUAAAAAUAUUAGUGUGAGCAAACGAAUUUUGAUCUGAAAAAAGAAACAUGAAAAGAAAAUUAUUGAA